GCGAGGGGUCAUACAUGAAACCGACGGAGACACAAAGCAUUAACACAUACGGAGCGCAAGAAUCGACCGCCCGCAAGAAAUGAGAACCAAAACCCUAGAAAUGGCACAUUUGGUUGCUAUUUUGACUUGCGUUUUCAUCUUGCAGAGUAGUGUCGUUGCAGUUCAGAUUUUAUCGAAAUCGAAGCUUGAGAAGUGCGAGAAGGUAUCAGAUUCUGAUAGCCUCAAUUGCACUCGGAAAGUCGUCUUGAACAUGGCGGUUCCUAGUGGUUCUGUAAGCCUCUCCCCUUUUUCUUCUUCUUUUUUUAAAGGGGUUAGGGGUUUAACAAUGUUGUUCAUUUGCGUCCGCAGUGUGAUUUUUGUAUAGUUUGAUAUUGAUUUGGAGACCAGUCAUGCUAUUAUAGGGCAGUUUAAACAUUGUCUUCUGUGGAUACUUAAUUUGAAGAGAAAUUUCACAAUGUAGGGUAUUGAUGGAGUAAUGGUGGUUGCAUUGUUGUGAUGAUGAUGGAGGAAGUACCUAACUGCAACAGCAUGUUUCAACUUUGUUCAGAAGUUAUUUUCUGCAUUUUUAUUUUCCUAAUGAGUGUGAAUUUUCUUGGUAUGCCUUUAUUGCAUUUUUUUUAAUUAUUUAUAUAGAGUGGGGGAGAGGCCUCCAUAGUUGCAGAACUAGUGGAGGUGGAGGAGAAUUCAACCAGCAAGAUGCAAACGCUGCGAGUUCCACCUGUGAUAACAGUGAACAAAUCUGCCUCGUAUGCCCUCUAUGAGCUCAUGUAUAUCCGAGAUGUUCCAUAUAAGCCUCAAGAAUAUUAUGUUAAUACACGCAAAUGUGAGCCCGAUGCUGGUGCAGAUGUGGUGAAGACAUGUGAGAGGUUGCGAGACGAAAAUGGUGACAUUAUUGAGCACACUCAGCCAGUAUGUUGUCCUUGCGGGCCCCAGCGACGAGUACCUUCGUCAUGUGGAAACUUUUUUGAUAAGUUGAUGAAAGGCAAGGCCAAUACCGCUCAUUGUCUUCGAUUUCCUGGUGAUUGGUUUCAUGUUUAUGGUAUCGGACAACGAUCAAUAGGAUUUACAGUUCGGAUUGAGAUAAAAGUGGGAUCUAUGGUUUCGCAGGAAGUGAUUGUGGGCCCUGAAAAUAGAACAGCAAUAUCUAAGGAUCGAUUACUGAGGGUGAAUCUUAUUGGAGAUUUCGUUGGAUACACAAGCAUACCAUCAUUUGAGGAUUUCUAUCUAGUCAUUCCAAGGCAGGGUGGGCCUGGCCAACCACAGAAUUUGGGAACUAAUAUUUCUACGUGGAUGCUGCUUGAGAGAGUAAGAUUUACCUUAGAUGGUAUUGAAUGCAACAAAAUUGGAGUUAGCUACGAAGCUUUCAACGGGCAACCAAACUUCUGUUCUUCGCCAUUUUGGAGCUGCUUGCAUAAUCAGUUGUGGAAUUUCCAAGAUGCUGACCAGAACCGCAUAAGUAGGAAUCAGUUGCCGCUAUAUGGUUUGGAAGGAAGGUUUGAAAGAAUUAACCAACAUCCAGAUGCGGGGACUCAUUCUUUUUCGAUAGGAGUGACUGAAGUCCUUAAUACUAAUGUCUUGAUAGAACUAACUGCUGAUGAUAUAGAAUAUGUUUACCAGAGGAGUUCUGGAAAAAUCUUAAGUGUAACUAUCCCAACUUUUGAAGCCCUUACACAACUUGGAGUUGCUACAAUCACAACUAAGAAUACUGGUGAUGUGGAAGCAUCAUAUAGCUUAACGUUUGAUUGCUCAAAGGGCAUCGGCUUGAUGGAGGAACAGUUCUUCAUUAUGAAACCAAAAGAAAUUGCAAGUCGCUCAUUCAAACUUUACCCUUCAACUCAUCAGGCAGCGAAAUAUAUGUGCGCUGCUAUACUAAAGGAUGCUGAAUUUAGUGAAGUUGACAGAGCUGAGUGCCAAUUUUCUACCACAGCCACUGUUUAUGAUAAUGGGUCACAGAUGCCCUUUGAAGAGCCUGAGACAAGUAUGAGUGGUUUCUUUGAUUCUAUUGAAAGCAUUUGGAACAAAUUGUGGCAUGGUCUGUUAGAUUUUUUCUCUGGAAAAACUUGCAGAAGUAAAUGCACUGGUUUUCUUGACUUCAGCUGCCACAUACAGUAUAUAUGUAUGAGUUGGAUGGUGAUGUUUGGAUUACUUUUGGCCAUCUUUCCAACAGUGCUUGUACUACUCUGGCUUCUACAUCAAAAAGGACUCUUUGAUCCUCUUUAUGACUGGUGGGAAGAUCAUUUUGUGUCUGACAAGGAGAGAGACGGGGGUAAUCCGAGACAGAAUGUUUAUGCUGGACACCCUCACACUCAUCUGAAUAAGCAUCAUGAGCAGAAGUUAAGGCACCAUAAGCAUGGUACUUAUAAACAAAGAAGCGUUCAUAAUGAGCAUAGACAUAACCAUUCAGGAGGGGAGAAUGAUUACUAUUACUACCUUCAUCAUGUGCACAAGGACAACGGCAAGAAUUGGCAUGGUAAGAAUUCAAGUAUUGAGCGGCAAAUCUACUUGGAUGGAAGGGAGAACAGAAAUAUUGGGAGACAGAGACACAAGAAGCAAAGAAAGAUUUUGAAAGCACAACCAAAAUUGAAUCAGACACAGUGAAGAAGAAUAAGAUAAAUUUAGCUAUUGGAUGGCUCACAUUUUCUGUCAUUCCUUUUGUGCACAUUGUGGGACUUGAACUGAUACUACUGUCUAUGUAGAUUGUUAUACUGUAUUCUUCUCAGAGCAA